UCCCAGCCUGCUUCCCCGCCGGCCGCCGCCCUCCUCCCCGGGAGAGAGCGAGGCGCGCGGGUCCCUCUGCGCCACCCCCGCCCCCGCACCUUCCCAGCAAACUUUUGGCACCCACCGCAGCCCAGCGCGCGUUCGGGCUCCGCAGGGCGCGCCUCUCUCCGCCAAUGCCAGGCGCGCGGGGGAGCCAUUAGGAGGCGAGGAGAGAGGAGGGCGCAGCUGCCGCCCAGCCCAGCCCUGCCCAGCCCUGCCCGGAGGCAGACGCGCCGGAACCGGGACGCGAUAAAUAUGCAGAGCGGAGACUUCGCGCAGCAGAGCCCGCGCGCCGCCCGCUCCGGGUGCUGAAUCCAGGCGUGGGGACACGAGCCAGGCGCCGCCGCCGGAGCCAGCGGAGCCGGGGCCAGAGCCGGAGCGCGUCCGCGUCCACGCAGCCACCGGCCGGCCAGCACCCAGGGCCCUGCAUGCCAGGUCGUUGGAGGUGGCAGCGAGACAUGCACCCGGCCCGGAAGCUCCUCAGCCUCCUCUUCCUCAUCCUGAUGGGCACUGAACUCACUCAAGUGCUGCCCACCAACCCUGAGGAGAGCUGGCAGGUGUACAGCUCUGCCCAGGACAGCGAGGGCAGGUGUAUCUGCACAGUGGUCGCCCCACAGCAGACCAUGUGUUCACGGGAUGCCCGCACAAAACAGCUGAGGCAGCUACUGGAGAAGGUGCAGAACAUGUCUCAGUCCAUAGAGGUCUUGGACAGGCGGACCCAGAGAGACUUGCAGUACGUGGAGAAGAUGGAGAACCAAAUGAAAGGACUGGAGUCCAAGUUCAAACAGGUGGAGGAGAGUCAUAAGCAACACCUGGCCAGGCAGUUUAAGGCGAUAAAAGCGAAAAUGGAUGAACUUAGGCCUUUGAUACCUGUGUUGGAAGAGUACAAGGCCGAUGCCAAAUUGGUAUUGCAGUUUAAAGAGGAGGUCCAGAAUCUGACGUCAGUGCUUAACGAGCUGCAAGAGGAAAUUGGCGCCUAUGACUACGAUGAACUUCAGAGCAGAGUGUCCAAUCUUGAAGAAAGGCUCCGUGCAUGCAUGCAAAAACUAGCUUGCGGGAAGUUGACGGGCAUCAGUGACCCCGUGACCAUCAAGACCUCCGGCUCGAGGUUCGGAUCCUGGAUGACAGAUCCUCUCGCCCCCGAAGGCGAUAACCGGGUGUGGUACAUGGAUGGCUAUCACAACAACCGCUUCGUACGUGAGUACAAGUCCAUGGUUGACUUCAUGAACACGGACAAUUUCACCUCCCACCGUCUCCCCCACCCCUGGUCAGGCACGGGGCAGGUGGUCUACAACGGGUCUAUCUACUUCAACAAGUUCCAGAGCCACAUCAUCAUCAGGUUUGACCUGAAGACAGAGACCAUCCUCAAGACCCGCAGCCUGGACUAUGCCGGUUACAACAACAUGUACCACUACGCCUGGGGUGGCCACUCGGACAUCGACCUCAUGGUGGACGAGAGCGGGCUGUGGGCCGUGUACGCCACCAACCAGAACGCUGGCAACAUCGUGGUCAGCAGGCUGGACCCCGUGUCCCUGCAGACCCUGCAGACCUGGAACACGAGCUACCCCAAGCGCAGCGCCGGGGAGGCCUUCAUCAUCUGCGGCACGCUGUACGUCACCAACGGCUACUCGGGGGGCACCAAGGUCCACUACGCGUACCAGACCAAUGCCUCAACCUAUGAGUACAUCGACAUCCCCUUCCAGAACAAAUACUCCCACAUCUCCAUGCUGGACUACAACCCCAAGGACCGGGCCCUGUACGCCUGGAACAACGGCCACCAGAUCCUCUACAACGUGACCCUCUUCCACGUCAUCCGCUCCGACGAGUUGUAGCUCCCUCCUCCUAGAAGCCAAGGGCCCACGUCCUCACCACAAGGAAACUCCUGUGAAACCGCUGCCAAAAAGAUACCGAUAAUACUAACAGUACCAAUCUCAAAAAAUCAUCAGCAGUGCGGAUUCUGACAUCGAGGGAAGGCAUUACCUCAUGUUUCUCCCUUUCGAGCCGCCGGGCCACAGACGUCGGAAGAAACUCCCGUAUUUGCAGCUGGAACUGCAGCCCACGGCGCCCCGGUUUUCCUCCCCGCCCUGUCCCUCUCUGGUCAAACAACAUACUAAAGAGGCAAGGCAAUGACUGUUGGCCAACUCUCACCGGGGAACAACCCACUGUUAGGAUGGCAUGAACAUUUCCUUAGAUCGUGGUCAGCUCCGAGGGAUGUGGCGUCCAGGCUCUUUGAGAGCCGUGGGCCGCACCCAGCCGUAGGCUAGUGUAACUCGCAUCCCAUCGCAGUGCCGUUUCUUGACUGUGUUGCUGUCUCUUAGAUUAACUGUGCUGAGACUCCACGUAGCUCCUGGACCUGUGUCUAGUACAUACUGAAGCGAUGGUCAGAGUGUGUAGAGUGAAGUUGCUGUGCCCACGUUGUUUGAACUCGCGUACCCCAUAGAUAUAUUGUGCAACGUUCUUCUGUUAUUCCCUUGAGGUGGUAACUUCGUAUGUUCAGUUUAUGCAAUGAUUGUUGUAAAUGCAAUGCCGUAGUUUGGAUUAAUAAGUGGAUGGUUUUUGUUUCUAAAAAGAAAAAAAAAUCAGUGUUCACCCUUAUAGAGACAUAGUCAAGUUCAUGUUGAUAAUAAUCAAAGGAAUUACUCUCUUCUUGUUAAAUUAGCUAAAUCAUGUAACCGCAGAUAGGAAGGGCUCGCUUAGGGAAACUUUGGUUUCCGAUGGGACAGGAAAGUCAUACGGGCAACAGUGUGCGGAAAGUACAAUUUUUUAAGUAAAAAACAAAGGCAAACUUUGUACUAUCCAAUUAUCUAAGGAACAAUAAAAACAUUAGGAGAUCU